CUCAAAAUGUCAGAUUGAGGUUAAAUUUACCGGAAGAUCGUGAGUGUUUUUAAUUAAGUUUUUCUCUGGAUUUUCACGGGGAUUUUCAUCAGAACUUUGCAAGUAGUUGACUUUGAUCGUUUUUCAUCAGAUUUUGUUCAGAAGUAUGAGGUGGAUUCAACCUAAAGAUGGUUUUUCAACGGGGAUUGAGGUCUACAACUGCAUUGUGAAGAGGAAGGUCCCCCUAAUCCUGCGCAGGAAGUACCUAGCUACUCUCUACACUUGCGGCCCAACAGUCUAUGAUGAUACGCAUAUUGGCCAUGCUAGUACCUAUGUCAAGCUAGAUGCAAUCCGUCGAAUAUUGUACAAUCACUUUGGGAUUCGGGUGUUUUCUGUGAUGAACAUCACGGAUAUCGAUGAUAAAAUCAUCCGGAAGAGUCAUGAAAGAAGAUGUUCAUGGGAAACAAUAGCCAGGGAGAAUGAAGAUAAAUUCUGGAAGGACUUAAGAGCAUUGGAUGUCCUUGAGCCCCAUGUAAAGAUGCGAGUAACUGAGAAUAUCCAAGAGAUACUUGGAUUCAUUUCUAAGCUCGAGAAGAAGAGUUUGGCAUACAAAACCAAAGAUAAUUCAGUGAAUUUUAAAGUAAAGGACUACGGAGGAUAUGGGAAAUUGAAGAAGGUGGAUCUAGAGGAGGAAAAAGAUGUAGAUUUUGCACUGUGGAAGGGAGCAAAAGAUGGAGAGCCAUUCUGGGAGAGUCCAUGGGGCAAAGGACGUCCUGGAUGGCAUGUUGAGUGUUCAGCAAUGGCGAGUAAAAUUUUUGGAUCAUCUUUAGACAUUCAUGCUGGUGGCAUUGAUCUGAAAUUCCCGCAUCAUGAGAAUGAGGAAGCCCAGAGUUGUGCUUUUCAUGGAUGUAACCAAUGGGUUAACUACUGGAUUCACACGGGGCAUUUGAAAUUGGCUGGAGAUGCUGAAAAAAUGUCCAAAUCACUGAAAAACACCGUGUCAGUGGACGAGCUUUUGUCCAAAUACUCUGCCAAUCAAUUCCGGAUGCUAUGCUUACUCUCAAACUACCGUAGUACAAUGGUGUUCAGCGGAGAGGCAAUGGAAAUGGCCCAGAGGAUUCUCAAUAAAUUUCUCAGUUUUCUGGAAGAUACUGAAAGUGUUUUGAGAGGAAAUCGCCAAAUUGGAGAUUUUGAUCAAACUAAAAUCUUCGAUAAAUACUCUCAGAGUAUCCAGGAAAUCGAUCUACAUCUUAGGGAUGAUUUUGAUACAGCAAAAUGCCUUCAAGUGCUGCAGGAUUUCAUAUCAUUCGUUAACAAGGAGAUUAAUUUCCCGUCUAAUGAAGGGCAAUCUUCACCUGAAAUAGGAAUUAUUCGCAUUUGCAGGGAAUUCAUUUUGGAAUCUUUGAAAAACUUUGGCUUCUCAAUUCCUGGAGAAAAUGCAGAAUCUCUUCAUGGCUCUCCUGCUGAUAAUGUCCUGGACAAAAUCAUUGAGAUAAGAAACAGUUUAAGGAAGGAGAAGAACUUCUCAGCUGCUGAUGCCAUCAGAGACGGUUUGAAGGAUGUAGGAGUAGAGAUUAAAGACCAUGGACAAUUCUCUUCUUGGUCCAGACGAUAAUAAAAACUUCC